GUCAACUCGACACGAACUCGCAUUCAGGUUGUGGACAGUCGCGUUCCAAAGCAUAAUGACAACCCUUCAGCCUCGCCCUCCCUACUCGGAGGACGAGUUACACAAGCUCUACCCUCCGGGAUUGCAACUCCAGCUCGUCCAGGUCCUUUUGCGGCAUGGCGAACGUUCUCCCGUAUCCGCCCGUUUUCAAAAUGCCGGUCUUGUUGCCUUCUGGCCAUACUGCUCCGUUGCCCGGCAGAUGGUCUCUGCCACGAGAGAAGCCAGUGAGAAGAAAUGGGCCCCUCUACAGUGGCGAAGACGUCUCGAGACCUUUGGCGGUGACGAUGGACCCGUUAUUGCAUCUGGGCCCAAAGGAGAAGUCGAUUCCAUCUGCAACCUGGGCGAGUUGACUGAUUUGGGAAGAGAAACUACAUACAACCUUGGGCGACGACUCCGAUAUCUCUACGUUGAUCAAUUGCACUUCAUGCCUCCCAUCAUCAACGACGCGGAUAUGAUUUAUUUGCGAGCUACCCCGAUCCCGCGAGCUCUUGAAUCACUGCAACAAGCAUUCUGGGGCAUGUACCCUUCAAGUGCAAGAGCAAGUUCCUUCCCAGCCGUCUCAAUUAUACUGCGAGCCCCAGCGGAUGAGACCCUCUUUCCGAACGACUCUAAUUGCAGGAGAUUCGCUCAACUUUCCCGGGCUUUUGCUCAGCGUACUGCCGAUCGAUGGAAUAACACAAGUGAGAUGGAGUACUUGAACAAAUUACUCAGCAAGUGGAUGCCAGAGUCCAGCAAGAAGGUUGCUGUCGAUUCUCAUCCAAGACUUUCCGGAAUUAUGGAUACUAUCAAUUCAACCUUGGCACAUGGUCCAGAGACGAGGCUGCCGAAAGAAUUCUACGACGAGAAGGGGAGAAAAAUAAUUGAAAAAAUUGGCGUGGAAGAAUGGUACAGUGGUUAUCAAGAAUCCCAAGAAUAUCGAUCUCUGGGCAUUGGUUCAUUGAUGGGAGAUGUAGUUGAACGUAUGGUUGGGAGCGUGGAGAGAAAUGGCAACGACGGAUUGUUUGAGAUUGGUGGAAAGGAUGGCUCAAUGGGAAGUGGAAGGGGCGGGGAACAAUCUAUCAAGCUUGGCCUCAGUGGAUGUCACGAUACAACUCUGGCUGGGGUCCUAGCUAGUCUAGGAACGUUCCAGGGCGAGCUUUGGCCCCCUUACACAUCUCACAUUGCUUUUGAGUUAUUCAAGAAUUCAACAAAUCAAUCUUCUCAGGUGUUAGGCAAAGACACAAUCGAAAAAGCGGCACAAGCUGUGACAACUGGAGAUGCCGCAGUCGGAAAAGGCUGGUAUAAGAGAAUAUUUGGCGACAGCAACUUGGCCGGCAUGAAUGGUGAUAAGAACGCUCCCGUGGGAAUUGCUCGUCAAAAAGUCGAGACACUCAAGGAAUCGGAUCGAGCAAAACUGGACGGUUACUACGUUAGGAUACGCUAUAAUGACAAGGUUGUGACAGUUCCAGGGUGUAAAGCGGCAGGGAAGCACCUGGAUGGCGACGAGUCUUUUUGCACACUGGAAGCAUUUAAGACGAUUGUGGAUAAAUAUACUCCUUCGCACUGGAAGCAAGGAUGCCUGUCAAACAUGGAGGUCCCAGCCUUCCCAGAGAAGCCUGAACCGGCUGGUUAUUAGGUCUAUGAACCGCGCCGCGAGGCCCUCAUAUUUGAAACAGCGUUGAGGUGAAAUUGAUCACAUAGACAGUUCUAAAUGCAUGGAAUUUGAAGGAUUCAGAAAAUGUCUUCAUUGGCUCUAAAAUGCC